UAAAUUCAAGUUUUACAGGGUUAUAGUAGGGUGUGGGGUAGAUAGGUCUAGUUAGGCAUUUUCACUGUAGGUAUUUAGUUUCCCCAUGAACUUGAAGCAACAAUGAAGCACACCAAACUAAAUUUAGCGCAAGUCUCGCCACGAAGGGAAAAUGAAACAAUUGUAAAAGAAGACAACAAAGUUUGUGGGAUCAAUUUAAGUUCAUUGCCGCGAUCAAUUCAACUCAUUGUUUGCAUCAUAGUUGUGUUUGUUCUCUUCAUAAUGUACGGCUAUUGUCAGGAAUGGUUAUUUCGAAUGGACGGUGUUAAGAAACAUGGGAUGUUCGUUACUUUGAUGCAGUUUGGGUUCUACACAAUAUUUGGAAUCUUUGAACAAAAUAUUCACGGAAAAGUAGAAAGAAGGGUUCCUUUGGUUACUUACAUAGGACUUGCUGUCCUUACAAUUGGAACAAUGGGGUUGUCCAACACUUCACUUGGGUAUCUCAAUUAUCCAACUCAAGUCAUUUUCAAAUCCAGCAAACUGAUCCCUGUAAUGAUUGGUGGUAUUUUAAUACAAGGCAAGAAGUUCUCCAUGUAUGACUUGGUAUCCUGUUUAUUGAUGACGAUUGGCUUAAUCAUGUUUACCCUCACUGACCAAAAAGUUUCACCAAACUUUGAAGCAACCGGAAUAAUUCUUAUAUCGCUUGCUUUAUGUUCUGACGCCGCUAUUGGUAACAUACAAGAGUUAACCAUGAAGAAACAUAAAACAUCAAAUGCCGAACUUGUCCUUUAUUCCUAUGGGAUUGGUUUUCUAAUAUUAUUUGUUGGACAUCUUGUUUUUGGGGGAUUUCUAGAAGUAUUUAUAUUCAUGGUUACGAAUGCUAAGAUAAUGCUCGCUCUAUUUCUAUUCUCAUUCUCUGGGUACGUUGGAAUACAUUUCGUUCUUCACCUCGUGCGAACAUUCGGUGCCCUGCUUGCUGUUACUGUCACCACUUGUAGAAAAGCAGUUACGAUGGUUCUUUCCUUCAUGUUUUUCACCAAACCAUUUUCCAUCUUAUACUUAUGGGCUGGUAUGCUGGUACUUGGUGGUAUAUGCCUCAAUAUCUACAGUAAAAACAAAUCCAAAGUAGACAGCAUGAUUAGCGGUGCUGUUCGUGGUCUCAGAAAGAAUUCUUCACUGCAAAGCAAUAUUGUGUGAUCAAAAAUGGUGUUUCUCAAAUAUGUGUUGCCACUGUUUUCAUCUCUUUCCUACAUUCUUCAUUUUGUAUUUAAUAUUUUUAUUAUUUUUAUGUUUAAUCAAGAUAGUUAUUUAUACCUGAUUUGUAAACGCUUUUUAAAAGUAACAAUUAUAUGAUACACACAAUUCUCAGGCA